AUGACUGACUACUUUGGCUACGACGUCAAGUUUGUCAUGAACAUCACCGACAUUGAUGAUAAGAUUAUUGUGCGCGCGCGACAGCAGUAUCUCUACGACCAAUAUGUGGCUAGCCAUGCCAACGAGUCGGUCGAGGCCGACGUCCGCGCUGCUCUGGCCGUUUAUGUGGCCAAGCAGGAAAAGUCAGAGGAACCUGCGCUCAAGGCCAUGAUGCAGAAGACCAUUGACGCUGUCGAAGCCCUGCUGGCGGCCGGCUCCGCCACUGAAAAUGCGGACUUGCUAGCAGCUGCCCGUGAUCCUCUGAGCUUGUUUUUGGACAAGCAGCACGGCUCCACUGUGGAGGAUCACGCCAUCUUUGCGCGCCUGACCCAGCAUUGGGAGGCGGAGUACUUUGCUGAUAUGGCAGCUCUCAACGUUCGUCCACCCACCGUGCUGACGCGUGUGACCGAGUACGUCGAAGAGAUUGUCACAUUUAUCGAGCAAAUCAUUAGCAACGGCUAUGCCUAUGCCUCCAAUGGCUCGGUCUACUUUGAUUCUCCGCGCUACGCCGCCAGCGAUGCCCAUGACUACCCCAAAUUGGUGCCCGAGGCCUCCCAAGACGUGGCCAGCCUGGCUGAUGCCGAGGGUUCUCUGAGUAGCAGCGACAACGAGAAGCGCAGCCCCUAUGACUUUGCUCUGUGGAAGGCCAGCAAGCCUGGCGAGCCAGCCUGGGAUUCACCGUGGGGCAAGGGUCGGCCGGGUUGGCACAUUGAAUGCAGUGCCAUGUGCCACGCGGCAUUUGGUGACAAGAUUGACAUUCAUUCCGGUGGCAUCGACCUCUGCUUCCCGCAUCACGACAACGAGAUUGCCCAGUCUGAGGCGUUUUACGACCAAGGCCAAUGGUGCAAUUAUUUUUGCCACAGUGGCCACUUGACCAUCGAGGGCUUGAAAAUGUCCAAGUCACUCAAAAACUUUAUCACCAUCAAGGACGCCUUGAAAAAGCACAACGCGACUCAAAUUCGCCUCACGUUUUUGACUCAUGGUUGGAACUCUACCCUCGAUUACAGUGAGGCUGGCAUGGUCGAGGCCACCGUGCUCGAAAAGCAGUUCAAGGAAUUCUUCUACACGGUCAAUGCCUUGGUGCGCCGCGAUGAGGGCCAGCCUUUCCGUGACAUGACGGAGAAUGACAAGGGCCUGUUGCAAACGUUUGGCGUUCAUCGUCAGCGGUUGCAUGAAGCCCUCUGUGAUAACUUUGAUACGGCGACCGCCAUUGCUGCUAUGCGCUCACUUAUGACCGAGGCCAACAAGUAUGUCAGCACUGAAGAGGCGGAGAAGCGCCAACCACAUACCCAGCUCUUGCGCCAGGUUGGCCUCUAUUUGACGAAGAUUCUGAAGGUCUUCGGCGUCAUCGGGGCCAACGGUGCGGAGGAAAUUGGUUUUCCAACGCAAACAGCCCUCGAUGACUCGCAAGCCCAGGCGCAAAAGGCUCAGUUGAAGGAGAUUGUGGACAAUUUUGGUGAACAAGUCAAGGCCAUGGCCGCCCAGAGUGAGAACGAGGAGCUUCAGAAGAAGUAUGCCGAGAUUCUCGAGCAAGCCAACGCUAUUGCCUGGGGUUGAGAUAAGCUUUUUGCAGUUCCGCGGAAAGCUCUGCUGGGGCUAGUUCAAGUUUGAUAUCAAUUCACACAAUGUACGGCGAUCGCUCAUAAUUGAGCUGAAAAAUG